AUGUCGCACUACCCCAUGCCCCCCAAGUGCAAUGCGGCCGGCCUCGCGCCGGAGCACUCGAUGGUGCUGCCGGAGCGCGCCGCACGCGAGGACGAGUCCUCGAUCCUCGAGGCGCUCGCGCACCCCACGGACCUGGCCGCGCAGGUAUUCGCGCCGGACGUGAUCUACUCCAUGCCGACCGGCGAAGUGGUUGUUGGCAAGGACGCUGUGCUCGCGCGCUGGGUCAUGCCCCAGCAUGCCUCCCUGCGCCUCCUCGAGACGCCCGCGUCGCUCCCGGCGCGCACCAUGGUCCUCGACAAGGCGGGCGCGAGCGCCGAGCGCAGCCUCGUCGUGCUCAAGCGCCGCGAGCACGACGGCCUCAUUGCCAGUGUCACCGAGGAGAUCGGGCACCGCAAGCCGACCGUGCCGCUGGCGGCGCGCGCCGCCACCCACGUGUUCAGCUCGCCCACCGAUAUGAUGAUGUCGCCCUGCAGCUCCAAGCUGCAUCUCGCCAAGCGGCGCCACCACAUGAAGGCCAAGCCGACGCGGCUCUUUGCGGACCAGAUGGAUUCGGCCGCCUCCCGCACGUAG